GAACACGGAUGCAUGCAUCCUGCAUACAGUACUGAAUACGGUCAACUGUACGACAAGAAGACUGCCUGUCUUUCAAAACACUCAGGUAUUUUAUUUCAUAUGUACGUAUGCAUGUUACAUAAUGGCAGUAUUGCAUCGCUGGCGAUGGUAUUGAUAGCACAGAAGAAGAAGAAGAAGAAGAAGAAGAAUGAAAAUGGCAGGCGCAGGCUCCUCUGCCGUCUGUGCAGAGACAGCCUGAUGAAUUCUGCUGGGAACAGAGCGAGGGUCUGCUCUAAGUCACCAUGGCAGUGCCGUUCUGCACAUGCUCAAAGAGCUGCUCAGUGCCACAAAUCUGCACUCUUUUAUACACAAUAUUUCACAUGCAAAUACCGUUCAUGAAAGAAUUCAUCAGAAUCGGCCUUUUUAUCCUGACUGUUUGAGUCCAACCCAUCCCCAUUGCGAUGGUUUAGGAUAUACUGUACAUUUUUAUUUAUUUCACCUUUUCAAUGCCUUGUGAAUGACUUGCGCUCAGCCUUAUGACAGGAAGUGACUUCCGCAGAUCCCCUCACACAUGUAUUCAUGUGAAUCAUAAUCCAUAUGAAUGAAUGCAAUAGGAUACUGGUCAACAUUCCCCGGGGAAUCUGGAGUAUAAUAGGAUCACAGUCCAUUACGCUGUCAGUCUGGAGUCUCUAAUACUGCCCUUGAAGAGGACAGGAGUGUGCAUGUUUCUUUAGAUCCUCAUAAUAAUCUAGCAGAGUGGUCCUCACUCCUGGUCCUGGAGAGCCGCAGGGUGUGCUGGGGUCCUCACUCCUGGUCCUGGAGAGCCGCAGGGUGUGCUGGGGUCCUCACUCCUGGUCCUGGAGAGCCGCAGGGUGUGCUGGGGUCCUCACUCCUGGUCCUGGAGAGCCGCAGGGUGUGCUGGGGUCCUCACUCCUGGUCCUGGAGAGCCGCAGGGUGUGCUGGUUUUUGUUAUCACCUUCAUAUCAGCAACCCAUUCAGACUCAAGAAACCAGCUGAGCUCCCCCUCCUCCUCUUCCUUAGUGUAAAUAGUGAAGAUGAGCACUUCUCCCAGCCCUAAGGGGACCCCUCUGGAGCGCAGCCCCAGCGAUGGGAGUGCAGGGGGCCCCCAAAGCCUGCAGUCGCCCCAGCACCCCGACGGCCAAUCCACCCCCGUCAACAUGGCAACGCACAAGAAGCGUGUCUCCAGCAUCCUGCAGAGCCCUUCCUUCAGAGAGGAGCUGGAUGUGCUGAUCCAGGAUCAGAUGAAGAAGGGGAGCAGCUCCUCCAGUCUGUGGGCUCUGAGGCAGAUUGCUGACUUCAUGGCCUCCCAUGGGUCCCCUGCAGCCCUGCCUGUGUCCCCCUCCACCGUCACCAUGGUGACCCCCAUAAACGACCUGCACGGUUGGGACCCGGCCUCCAUGGUUAAAGGGGAGAGGCUGAUGCGCUGUAAGCUGGCGAGUGUGUACCGCCUGCUGGAUCUGUACGGCUGGGCCCAGCUCAGCCGCUCCCUGCUCACCCUGCGAGUGAGUAAGGAGCAGGAGCACUUCCUGGUUUUGCCAGAGGGCCUGGCGUACAGCGAGGCCACAGGCUCCAGUCUGGUAAAGGUGAACAUCCUGGGGGAGGUGGUGGAGAGGGGCAGCACCACCCUGGGUGUGGACGUUCCUGCCUUCAGUCUGCACUCCGCCAUCUACUCCGCCCGACCGGACGUCCGCUGCCUUCUGCACCUGCACACGCCUGCUACUGCCGCGGUGUCUGCCAUGAAGUGUGGCCUCCUGCCGCUAUCCCAUGAGGCUCUGCUGGUGGGCGAUGUGGCGUACUACGACUACAACGGCCUGAUGGAAGACGAGGAGGACCGGGUGGAGCUGCAGAAGAGCCUAGGGCCCACCUGCAAGGUUCUGGUGCUGAGGAAUCAUGGGAUUGUGGCUCUGGGGGAGUCUGUGGAAGAGGCUUUCUACACCAUCUAUCACAUCCAGGCUGCCUGUCAGAUACAGGUGUCAGCGCUGUGCUGCGCCGGUGGGGAGCAGAACCUGAUCAUGCUGGACCGCACCACGCAGAGGCCCAACCCGACCGGAACCGUGGGCUGGGCCGGGUCCACAUUCGGGCCCCUCCACAAGAGCCGUCUCGGGGAGCAUGAGUUUGAGGCGCUCAUGAGGACCAUGGACAACCUGGGGUACCGGACGGGGUACGCGUACCGUUUCCCAGUGCUGCUGGAGCGGGCGCGAACCCGGCGGGAGGUGGAGGUUCCCGCCACCGUCACCGCCUUCAACUUCCUGGAGGAAGGGGUCAGGCCCGCCUCGCGGAACCCGCCCCACGCCCAAAAACAGCAGCAGGAGAAAACGCGCUGGCUCAACACCCCCAACUCCUACCUGAGAGUCAGCCAGGACCAGGCCAGCCCGGGCCACCAGCGGACCACGUGGCUGAAGACAGAGGAGAUCACACAAGGGAGUGGCACGGCCAUUAAGAUCGAAAACCCAAACCAGUUUGUACCGCUCUUCACCAACCCCCAAGAGGUGCUGGAGACACGAAACAAGAUCCGUGAACAGAACCGUCAGGACAUGAAGACUGCCGGGCCCCAGUCUCAGUUGCUGGCCGGUGUCAUCUCUGAUAAGACACCACCGUCCCCUGAGAAUGACCUGGCACUGGGACAGAAUGGCCCAGAGGGGGGACCCCCAAAAAUCCCCCCCUCCCCAGAGCCCCCCAAUCCCUUCAACCAGCUGACAGACCAGGAGCUGGAGGACUACCGUCAGGAGGUUCAGAGGAAGCAGACGCUGGGCCCAGAAGAUGGUGGGGAGGAGCUGGCCAAUGAGAAGGGGACUCCCCCUGCCACCUCCCCCACUAAGAACCCCUCCCCCACUAACCCCCCUCCCACAGACGAGACCAACGCCGUCGACGCCGCGGACGUCACCAAAACCGUGGUGCAGAACGGUAAGGAGGAGGAGCUGAAGCAGCAGGAGGAGGAGCUAGAGAAGGGGAUGAAAGCCCUCUCCACUGCUGACACGUCGCCCGCCCCGCCCACCGCCCCGCCCCCCGCCGCCCCGCCCACCAAGCCCGGCCACACCCCCGAGGGCUCGCCCUCCAAGUCCCCCUCCAAGAAGAAGAAGAAGUUCAAGGCCCCCUCUUUCUUGAAGAAGAGCAAGAAGCAGAAGGAGAAGGUGGAGAAAGUGGAGGCCUGAGGGGGGUGCAAUGGAGAGGCGACUUAUUUACCCAGUUACACACGCGCCCACACACACACGCACACACACACACACUCACACACAGAACCACACACACACACACACACACACACACAACCACACACACGCGCGCGCCACGCCCACACACACAGACAAGCGCCCACACACACACACACACACACCACAUGCGCGCGCCCACACACACACACAUACAGCAGCAUAUUUACCCCCCUACACAGCCAAAACACUGACCAUUAUCUUAUCCUCACCUCUCUAUCUAUACAUAUAAACACACCUCUCCACUUACCACUUUUUUUAAUUUGUUCAAUUAUUAACUGGUACUUGUUUUUGUGACAAAAAAAAAUUCAAACAUCGUUUCGAUACACACUUGUAUGUUUUUCUGGUGACAGUGGUCCACGGCAAAACAUAUCUGCGCAUAUUCAUGAAGCCAAUUCCCACGUAUGUGUAUAGUAACCACAUAAUUACAUAAUCAUCGCAAUCAAGUCAUGAUAAGAAAACCUCGUCAUGCCAGCUUCAUCUUUUCCACCGAUGUUACUUCUGAUUGUCACCUGUCGAGUGUGCACAGAUGUCAAUGGCACACACUGUUAAGUGCUUUUUCUGUUGAUAACAAAAUCAGCAGGUCUUAUUUUCACUUAUGUUCUUCUACAUCUAAUGAUUUGAUGCAGAACAUCAGGGAAUAUUUAACUCAAUUAAACAAUAAGGAACUGGUAUAUAAAAUUGCGAUGGGUAAGGAAGCCCAAACUAACAGCUAGUAACGCCACUUAUGUCUAAUAUGCGAUAAGAAAAAAAGAAUGAAAAACACUUCUUUGUAGCUUGCGGAUGCAGAUGAAACCCAACUCAGAAAGGCACUACACAUUCCUCAUGUCCUGUCUUCUUUCACAACAAGACCUCCUUACUGUUGUAAUUAUUAUUAUUAUUAUUAUUAUUAUUAUUAUUGAUUCCAUUAUUUAAGUGUUACUCUGUGUGUAUAUUUGCUGGUUUUUAUUUGAAUGUAAUUUCAUAUUAGAAUGCAAAGGUGAAAAAAGGUGAUGUUAGGUUAGCAGUGCACCAGUCAUUAAAGAGCAAUUCAAUAUGAA